GUGGCAGGAGAAGUGGCCAUGGUCGCGCGGGGCAAGACGUUGGUGCCACUGCUGGUGGUGGUGGCGGUGGUGGCCUCACAGUCAACCCUUGUGCAGGUGAAACCAGAGGAAUCCGGGCUGCAGAAAACGGACCUAUUUUCAGGGCCCUGCGGUCGCAGGACCAUCCCUUCACGUAUAGUGGGUGGCGUUGAUGCGGAGCUCGGCCGCUGGCCAUGGCAAGGGAGUCUGCGCGUAUGGGGCACCCACUAUUGUGGAGCGACCUUGCUCAACCGCCGUUGGGUGCUUACAGCUGCCCACUGCUUCCAAAAGGAUACCGACCCCUUUGACUGGUCAGUCCAGUUUGGUGAGCUCACUUCCAAGCCGUCUCUCUGGAACCUGCAGGCCUAUUCCAACCGUUACCAAAUAGACGGUAUCUUUCUGAGCCCCAAGUACCUGAACAUGUAUCCCAAUGACAUCGCCCUGCUGAAACUGUCCUCUUCUGUCAACUACAAUAACUACAUCCAGCCCAUCUGCCUCCUGAACUCCACAUUCAAGUUUGAGAACAGAACCGACUGCUGGGUGACCGGCUGGGGGGAUAUUGGAGAGAAUGAAGAUCUGCCCGCUCCCUACACUCUCCAGGAAGUGCAGGUAGCUGUCAUCAACAACAGUAUGUGUAACCACUUGUACCAAAAGCCGGACUUCCGAGUGAACAUCUGGGGAGACAUGGUUUGUGCUGGCAAUCCUGCCGGUGGCAAGGAUUCCUGCUUUGGUGACUCGGGAGGACCAUUGGUCUGCGACCAGGAUACGGUGUGGUAUCAGAUUGGAGUCGUGAGCUGGGGAAUAGGCUGUGGUCGGCCCAACCGGCCUGGAGUCUAUACCAACAUCAGUCAUCAUUACAACUGGAUCCGGUCGACCAUGAUCCGCAAUGGGAUGCUCAGGCCUGACCCAGCCCCACUACUGCUGGUUCUUACUCUGCUCUGGGCUCUAUCGCUGCUGAGGCCUGCCUGAGCCCACCUGUGAAAAUAAGGUCAUCUGUGGAGUCAGAGUGUGUUUCUUUUGUAUCUUGUUUGCUAAUAAACCUGUUGAUACUUUCAUAGCUUUUCUUGAACUC